GGGAGUUUCUUAAUGUUUGCGACAUUUGUUUUUUAUUUUUAAUUUUUUUACUCACCGUAACUCACCAGUCUAUUUUAGAAGUUUGUCACUUUGUAAUAUUCAUAGCAGAUUUAUGUCACUACUAAAACGAUAGGCCUAUAUCUGUUGUACACGUUUAUAAAAAAAUAAUGUAGCUACCAAACCAAAAUAAAAGAACAAAGAUUGGUGUUAAAUGUAUGAAAUCUAUGGUAAUGAUGUGGUUGAGAAAUUGGAUUAAUGGUAAUGAGGUCUUCGAUUGAGUGGAUUAAUCGUAGGCAGCUGUGGAAAAUACAAUGAUGAUGACCAAACGAACAAGACACCAACUCAAUCCUAAUAGAAUAUUUUUACUCUCGGGGUUUUCAAAUGAAAAACGACAAGAUCUUGCCAAAAAAAUUAGAGCACUUGGAGGUGUUUAUUUUGAUAUUGAGUUUUUCAAAUCUAAUAGUACUCAUAUUAUCUGUGGUAAAUUAUCAAGAAGUGAAAAAUUCCUUGGUGCUUGUGCAACAGGAAAAUGGAUUUUAAAGGCCAACUAUAUUGAAGAUAGUUAUUUAAAGAAACAAUGGUUACAAGAAGAACUGUUUGAAUGGACAACUGAAGAUGGGAGUAGUCCAGAACUUAAAGAGUUAGCAUCAGCACCUAGGCGAUGGAGAGAGUCUUACAUAAUAAACAAUGAGAAAUCUUUUGAUGGUUUUAAAGCAGCCUUACUUGUGGAAGGAAACAAACGGAAGACGGUUUACAAAAGACUACUUUCGUGUGGAGGCGCUUCAGUGUUUAAUUUACAACUACCAGUUACAAAACCAGAGAAAAUAAGUAAUGUUUUACAAUAUAUAUUUGCUGAUAGAGUAUUGGCUGCUAAACAUAUUCCUGAUUCUAUACUGGAUUAUGGUAUCAUGUGUUUAAGCCCUGAAUAUAUUGGAGAUUUUUUGAUUAAGGAAACAACACCUGAUCCAUUUCAUUAUCUGGUAGUAGGACCAAAUGUUGUAUCCAUGACAACAGAUAGAAACAAGAUGGGUGAUGAAUCAAUCUGUUUCACGCAGCAGUCUAACAGUACUGGUACAAAUAGUCCAAAAAGUACAAUUUCUAACAGCAUUUCCAGUCUAUCUCCAUUUUCUUCACAAUUUUCUGUCAAAAGUGACUCUCCUUCAAAGCCAACACAGAAAAAAACAAAAGCUGCAAAAGUUAAUCAGAGGAUUAUUACCCCUACAAUUUCUACCAGACCUCGUAAAAAGAUAGUUACUCCAGUUGGUCAGUGUUCGUUGAAUGUCUUUGGUUUUGUAUCUGUCAAAAAAUGUAAAAUAGAACCCAUUUCUUCUGCUUCACCGGAUUCAGUUGGUAAAGAUAAAGAAGAUAUAAAACCAUGUUCAUUACAUUCCCAUUCAACAUCGUCAUUACAACAAGCUUUAUUGGAUAAUAAGUUACCUGUACAGAAAAGAUUAGUAUUUACAUCUGAUAGUGUUGAUACCAGUAACCAUGGUGAAGAGAAUAGCAAUAUUAUGAAAAAAGAUUGUGAAACCCCAUCAAUUCUAGAAAUCUCUUCUUCAUCCACAUCACUUAAACGUAAACUAAUCAUAGAUGAUGGACCCGACAGGAAAAAACCAAAGUAUGGACCAACACUUAGCAGAUGGAGACCUAAAUCUUUAUUAAGUAAAUGUCAACCGUCAUCUUUUAAUGGAGAUCAAGAUAUAUCAUGUAAAGAAUUACCUAUGUCUAUGACUAAUAUUAUAGAUAUGUGUAUAGAAGAUGAGCAGUAUAUGUCUAGUUUAAAUCUCAUAUCUUCUAGUAUAUCUACUACAUGUUGUCUAAAAUCUACUACACUAUAUAGUAUGAUGAAAUGUAUUUUACUAGAAUCUACGAGUAGUCAGAUUACUAAUAUGGCCUACACAACAUUAAUGAAUCAUCUAUUACUUCAUCCACCUGUCACCCAUCAUCUACAAACUAUUUAUAGUCAAUCAUUCCAACCAGAUCAGUCCACAGAUGAAAAUACAGAAAAAAUACUCUGGAAUUUUAUUUCUUCAGUUAUGCAGUCAGCUUUGAUUGAACUGACUAAUGAAGAUGAAGAGUUAUUUAAUAAUCUUGUGUUAUUAAAGUACAUUUUAGCUGUUUUUGAAGUGAAUUUUAAACAUUUUAUUAACAGCAUAGAGAAUGGUGAAUCGGGAAAAAUGUCUCACAGAUCCUGUUUAUUUAUACAGUAUUUAUGGUCACCAGGCUUUCUGAUAUUUACCAACCGACAAACUCGUGAUCUAUUACAAUAUUUUGAAGAUUGCUUGACAAUACCUAGAUCCAUUCCACAAAAGUUCCAGUUGCUAGAGAUUUUAACAGCUUUCUUCACAUUAGCUUGUCAGUGUUUUAAAUUGGUUGAAUCAAAUUGGUCUGCGUCAGCCAUUUUAGAUCCUUUGGUUGGAAACAGAACACAGAGUUUUAUUACCGAAUUAAGCCAGAGAAUUUUAAAUUCUUGCAUAGAGGAAGACGGUUUAUUUGAAACUAUUCUUCAAUCUAUGAAGCCAUCAUGGAUUUGUUUGGGUGUGUCUGCUCAUCUACUGUCCAAGUAUGAUGAUUAUCUACUGUUAGAAGGUGUAGAACAAACACCCAUUACUUUAUCUAAGAUAGUUACCCAGUAUUUCUUUUUAUUACCACGACUCCAUUUUAACAAACCAGUGGAACCAUUACAAGAGAAAAACAUAGCUUGCCGGGCAAGGCGAAGUGUAAUAACUUCACCUCUGAAGAAAGAAGAAAAUAUUAUUACUUCCAAAGUUAAUCAUAAAUCUACCCAUAUAAACACAGAUAAGGAAACUGUUAAACCUGAUCCAAGACUUCUUCAAAGAAUUAACAAAAAGAAUUACAAAGGAGAAACACCACUACAUGUUGCUUGUAUAAAGAAUGACGUACGACGUUUAAAACAGCUGCUAGCAGUACCUGGUAUUAAUGUGAAUGCUGCUGAUAAUUAUGGUUGGUCACCAUUACAUGAAGCAUGUAACCAUGGUAAUAUAGAAUGUGCUGAAUUACUGCUUAAAUAUAGUCCAAUGAAAACCGUGGAUUCCUAUUUUAGCCCAGGAAGUGAAAAGUAUCGAAAAGUAGAUUUAUUAUUAUGUAAUGUAGAUGGUAUUACAGCUUUACAUGAUGCCGUUGAUUGUGGUUGGACAGAUAUAUGUCAAUUACUUAUUAAACAUGGAGGUAACCGAAUUUUAGAAGUAAAGACGAAGUCUGGUAAGUUACCUGUAGAUUUUGCUCAAACAGAAGAAUUACGCAAAUUAUUAUCCCCAAACAAUGAAACUGGAUCAUGUUCCCAAGAUAGUGUAACAUCAAUAGAUUCUAGAUUAGAUUGGUUACCAACAGAUUAUUUAUAUCAAGAAAUAUUAAACAAUGGCAAUAAUACACGUGUAACAACAGUGAAAGAUUGUGUUAAGUUUAUUAGUCUCAUUCAGUUUUUAACAACCUCAUAUAUUGCUACUCACAGACUGCAGUUAUUACACGAAACAUUAAAAUUACACACUUACACAUCGUCCACAAUGCCCAGUAGUCCAGUUGUCAGAAGAGCUCUGCAACAUAAAAACCAAAGGGGCGAUGAAAGAUUUAUUCAAUGGCUGGAUGGAAAUUCUGUGAUGAAAAUUCUAAAUUUGACAGAAGAUCAGUUAAAACGAGGCCACAAGGAUUUAAAAACACUUCUCAAAAUAAAGAAAUACCUUGUUUUGUUCGAGAAACAUUUAAAGCUAAUAAUGACUGAGGAAGAUUUCAAAGCUGUUAAACCAAAAGUGAAUUUUUUAAUCUGCUCACUUGCAACAAUUUUAUAGUGCUUUAAUCUUGUCUGUUAUGUUUUUAUAUCCCAGUUUUAUAGACAAAAUUUCCUCUCUUUGUGCCAAAAAGAAAUGUCGAAUAUUAUGGUAAUAGAGGUUAGGUUUUAGGAAGGUCUUCCAUGAACUAUAUUCACUUUAAUAUUCUAUUAAAGUAUUAAGUAUGUGUUAGUGGUUGUGACCAUCAUCCCAAAACUACUGCACUUUACUCAUUACAGAUUGAAACAUGGAAAUACCUGACUUCGAAAACGCUAAGUUUUAUUUUACAUUGUUAGCAAACAAAAUGUAUGUUUUGAGUACAGCAUUUGAGGUUCGAUCCAUGGUAUUUAUUUACGGUUGGGGGUAUAAUAUUAUAACAAUGAUGGACUAAGUCAAUGUCGGAUGUGUGCUUACAAGUCUCGCUAAUACAAAUUCAUGCUUUAUGGAGACCGAUCUGAUUAGUAGAGAGCAUGCAUAACUGGUUCAUAAUGUCACUUCAAUUCAUGUUUGGAGAUACUGUUAUCAUGGGAAGAAACAUUUAAAUACUGACUACACUACACCUUUAAAUUUGUUACUGUAAGAGAGUAAAAGUUCUGUUCUCCUCCUGUGACAUCACACUAGAUGGAAGCUAUUGCACUACCACUACUGGUAAGGGCCUUGUUAUAUUGCAAAUAUUUGAGGAAAAGUUCUAUGCUUAAUACUCAUAUUCCUGUAUAAUAUACAGUAAGUAUACCAGGUUUAACUAGUAAUAUAAUACUGACUGAACUGGUUAUAAACCUUAUUAUUAUCAAUUUCUUAAUAUAUUUUGCAAAGAUUAUUGAUAUUAUUAUAUGUUCAUUAAUCAUUCUGUUGAAAAGUUGAUAUCAAAAUAAAUUACAAGAUAUAUGUAUUAUCUCAAACCUUUGUUAUUGCAUUAAUGUGUCAUAUUAAAUUC